AUGAAACAUUGGUUACAAAGCCCAGACGAAAUCCCUGAACGUCAUCAACUUAAAUAUUUUCUUAACAUGACACCAAAUGUGAAACUUCCUCUUUCCAAGGAAAUGUUCUCUGCAAUUCCAAUCGUUGGACCAUUUAAUAUAGACCCAACAGAACGUGAUAAGUAUUUUGUAGAAAGAAAAUCAGUAAGCUGUACUUUAUUUUUUACUCAAUUAAUAACAAGUUUAAUGCAUCCCCCUGUAACAGGAAGAACAAAAGAUUCAUUUCACAGCUUUUGGGACGCUAUUAUCAGCAAGUCACUACAAAUAUUUGGAAGUUAUUCUAAUGAAUUGCCACUAAUGAAUAUUGAUCGUAAUACCUCCAGAAGCACUACGACAGGUCAAAAUAGACCAGAUUUUAUCUUAUUAAUGAGAAACAUUUGUGUUGUUCGUGGAGAAGAGAAGGGAGAAAAUGGAAAAGGAGAACCUGCUAGGGAAUUAAUUGAUAAAUUCAAUACUUGGGAUUAUGGAGACAUUCCAUAUCUUUUUGGAUACUAUGCAAAUACUGCUGCUGUUACCUUUUGUGUUCUUUAUAAUAAUGAACAAGAAAAUAAUAGCAGUCGAAAAAGAAAACACCCAAACAUUUGUCGCAUACUACCUAUGAUAAUUAACAUGUGUCCUUCAAAAGAAAUGCCAGAUUUUGAAAUUAUAGUGCGUGAUAACGGAACUAAUAUUGAAAUUGGCUAUGGUAUCAAAAAAAUAUUCCCUUCAGAAGAUAACGUUAAACAUCUGGAAAAUUUUUAUGGGAUAAUGAGUAAUUACAAGAUAAAAUGUAUUGAUAAAUUAGUUCGAUCUCGUAAUAAUGUUGUUCACUUGAAGCCAAGGGGAAAGGAGCAAAAACCAAAAAAUCUUAAUGAAUUACUGAGAGCUUUGAUCUGUAUAUUAACUUGUUUAGAGGGCUUGCAUAAUAUAAAACCUAACCCAGUUAUGCAUAGAGAUAUACGAUGGCCAAAUAUUAUACAAUAUGAUAAUCAAUAUAUUUUGAUUGACUUUGAUUUUGCCAGCUUUUCUCCUUCAAAUGAGAAUUUACAAAACUUAAAUUCAGCUAAUCAUGCUCCUGAAAUGUUAAUAGGUGAACAUGAUGUAACAGUUGAUAUUUGGGGUGUUGGAAACUUGAUUAUUUCAAGUGGUAUUAAUGAAUUACCUAAAGAACUUUUAUCACUUUUUCAUUCAAUGUGUCAAAAAAAUAAAAAUAUACGGCCAAAUGCAUCUGAUACACUUAAAAUUAUUAAAGGUUUUUUUGUAAAGUGGUUUUCUAAUGAUGAUUGGUUAAAUCAUUUUGAGAAUAAAUAA